AUGAGGAUUGCACGAGUCGUUGCAGGAGCGGCGAAGAAGAAAGAAGCGAAGAAGAGGAACUACGCGCGAGGCGGCCCGCCGCGGCGGUGCAGGGUGGAUCCGCCAUCAGGAUACGCCCUGGGCCACGAAAGAGCCUCACCUCGCGUGUUCGUUAAGCGUGACGAUGCCGGCGGCGGUGGUGCGAACCGUGGCGGCAGUGGCGGUGAUGGUGGUGGUGGUGGUGGUGGUGGUGGCGACGGCAGUCAAGGGAACGAUCGGAAGCAACUUAAGGGCGGGGAAUCGGAAUCGAGGACUAGCAGCACGCGCCAGCCACACGCCUCGAGUCCUCCUCUCCUUCGUCCUGGGCCCACGAAACCCGUACACCUGGGACAGUUGGCAAGCGGGAGACAGGAGGACCCGGGAUCGUCUACUAGAACAAGUCUCUUCUCUUCGAGGAAUCGACGAAUCCAGUGUCGGCGGCGACGCGCGAUACCAAACGAUUACCGUCGUGUCGCUUGUUACAGUCCCAAGAUCGUUGACAAUCGAAUAUUAGUUCCUUUUGAUUGGAUUUGGGCUCUAUCCUUUAAAUACUUCUGA